AUGGUCAAGACUACCUACGCUCUGACGCUCUUCGCAGCCGUCAGCUUGGCUGCUCCCGUCCCCAACCCGGAUGGAAGUGGAAACCUGAUCGGCGCUGGCGCUGAUAGCGCCCUCACUGGUGCCGUCGAGCAAUUGACGGGCGAGCUUGGCGCUCGUGACAACAAGCAAGGCUCGAACCAACACAAGAACCUGAUUGAGGAGAUUCCAAUCCUUGGAAAAAUGCUUGGAAACAAACAAAGCUCCAAGCGCGCAGAGCACAAGAACCUGAUUGAUGAGCUACCUAUCGUUGGGGAGCUCUUGGGUAGCCAUCAACACACCGGAGGUGACAACGGGUUGCCUGGAACCCGUAGGAGCGUCGACCAAAACAUCGGCCAGAAUGGUGGUCAAAACGCAGGUCAGAAUGGUGGCCAAAACGCCGGUCAGAAUGAUGGUCAGAAUGACGGCCAGAACAAUGGUCAAAAUGACGGUCAGAAUGAUGGCCAAAACGAAGGUCAAAAUGCUGGACAGAACUCCAAGCGCGAUCUCAGUAAUCUGAGCUCGCUGAGCAGCUUGCCCCUCGUUGGGGAGUUGUUCGGAAAGAACGAUGAUAAGGCUAAGCCCUCACACCAAGAGACUGAUGCCCCCGCUAAGAAGGUCAUCACUCGUGACACCCCCGGCCACGCCAAAGGACUCUUCGGUGUCUUGGAAUCAAUCACUAGCGGUGGCCCCCAGAUCCAGCACCACCAGCGCUCCUUCACCCCCGAUGACACCACCAUCGAGGACGGUAACGGCAACCCGAUUGGGGGGUCCAAGGGCGACAAGAGCAAGGAUAGCAAGGAAAGCAAGAAGCCUGACACUCUCUUCUCCACACUGAUGGGCCCCGAAGGCCUCGGUCAACUUAAGGGUAACUCCAACGGACACGGCGUUGGAUUGCUUCCUUCACGCCGUGAUGUCGAGCAGCUUGAGGCUCGCACAGCUCCCAUUCAGGGUUCGACCCUGACCGAUGUUCUCUUCUCUGGAGGUGCUCUCGGAAAGCUCAGUGACACCCUCACUCCUGGUCAGCCUAAGCACAAGCCUGGCCAGAGCGACUCCUACCAGGUCGGUGAUGGUAGCACCUCUGGUCCUCCUGACCCCGCCUCUGGUGCUGGUCCUCACUCCGGCCCCGGAUUUGAUGCUGAGCAGGCUCAAAAUGCGGCCUCCGCUAAGGGCUCCAAGGGUUCCUCUCAAGGCUCCUCUCCACAGGGAUCGUCGCCCCAGGGCUCCACUCCCCAAUAA